ACUUAUCUAUUUAUACAUAUAUUCAUAUACAAAAAAAUAAUGACACAACAAAUGGAUACUGAUUACCCAACUGGUGGUUCUAAAUUGUCUACUGCCAAGAAGAUUGCCAUUGGAGUGGUGGUCGUUGCCUUGGCUGUGUUGCUGAUAUUGUUGUGUGUGUUCUUGAUUCCAAGAAACAACGAUGAUAAACAUACCGGUCCAUUGAAUGUUAUUGUCUUUAUACCUGAUGGAUUCGGACCAUCAGGUGCCACUCUGGCCAGAGUGAUGAAGAACGUUACAACGAAUGGUGGCUCGCUCUCUCUCAACUUUGAUCCAUUCCUCGUGGGUACCGUCCGAACUAGGUCUGCCAGCAGUCUGGUCACGGACUCUGCCGCUGCCGCCUCUGCCUACUCCACUGGAUACAAGACGAUAAACGAUGCUCUGGGUGUCGAUGCCGCCAUGAGGCCACUCGGUACCAUGUUUGAGGCGGCCAAGACCAAGGGAAUGAAGACCGGUCUGGUUGUCACCACCAGAAUCUCCGACGCCACUCCAUCAGCAUUCUACGCUCACUCGGCCACCAGAGAGAAUGAGGCAUUCAUCAUCUCGCAGUGGGCCAACCGUGGUAUCAAUGUUGCGCUGGGCGGUGGCAAGAAGUACUUCAACUCCACAAUCCUGGAGCAGGCUGCCAACAACUACACGAUCGUUUUUGACAAGGAGUCCAUGGCCAAUGUGACCAAGGGCAACAUUCUCGGUCUGUUUGCUAGGAAGGACAUGCCAUAUGAGAUCGACAGAGUCAAUGAUCCACAGUACUCCCAUCUGCCAUCGCUCGCCGAGAUGACCACCAAGGCUCUGGAACUGAUCUCCCAGAACAACGACAAGGGUUUCAUUCUCUUGGUUGAGGGAUCCAAGAUUGAUCUGGCCGGCCACGACAAUGACGCCUUCACUCACUGGCGCGAGACUCUUGCCUUUGACAGUGCUUUCCAGGUCGGUUUAGACUUUGCCAAGAAGGACAAGAACACUGUGAUUGUGAUGAUGGCCGACCACGAGACUGGUGGACUGACCCUUGGCUUCCAGCCAGACCUGAAGACCUACCCAGACUACCUGUGGAUCCCUGAGCUCCUGACCAUGACUACUGCCUCGGCCACAGCCAUGACUGCCGAGAUCUCCGCCAUGAACAAGACGACCAACGCUACCGUGAUCACCGGCUAUAUCAACACAACAGAGUUGCUGGUCCACUUUUACGGCAUUGAGGACUGGUGGUCGUUGGCCCAGUUCAUUGGUCGCUACAUGUCUGAGCGUGCAUGGGUAGGCUUCACCACUGGCGGUCACACAGGAUCCGACAUCAACCUGUACAACCACUACACGGGCAGUGAUGACAAUGUUGAGGAGCAAAUGUUGCAUGGUAAUUACGACAACACUGACAUUGCUCGUUAUCUUGAAUCCAUCCUACACUUGGACCUGGCUGCUGAGACUGCUAAACUUGUCAACACACCUGUUAAG